CAUGCCAAUACUUUCCACAUGUUUUUUUCCAAAUUACAUUCCAAUGUUCAACUACUUGUAUUUUCAAAGAUAUUUUGUCUAAAUACUUACUUCAAAAUGUGAUCACAGGUCUUGGACAGGUCUUGGACAAAUACAUAACCAUAUAUGGCAAUGGUAUAUCAAGAACAAGAGUGAACAGAUGGAUUUGACCAACUCUGUUGACAUGCUGUUGCCUGCAGGUCACUCUCCAGUGGUGUAUCUAGUGGAUGGCUGGCUGGACUUUGUCAAGGUGCGCUGCUGCAGCAGUCUGGUCCAGCAGGGCUUGGAGGAGGUGGUCAAGCCUCUGGCUCUGGUGGCCCUCAGUAACCUUCAGCUCAGAGCCCAUCCCUUCUCCCCCACCCCCAUCCGCAGCGCCAUCCCUGGCCUAUAUGCUGGAGAUCUAGUCUCGUUUUCCACCAACCCUAAGGAGCCACAUCUACAGGAGGCUGCUGCUCAACUCAGGACCCUUGUCCAGGGCCAGGAACACUUCUUCAGGACUGCAGAGGAGAGGUUAUCUAACUUAGUCCAGGUGUCUGUCCAGUGUCUUCCUCCGCUGCCAUGGAAAGCAGCCAAACCAGAUUCAAGGACUACUAUGACACCCCAGCAGUCAGUUCGAAGCGUUGGCCCCUUCACCCCUCUGAACAGCGUCGUCCCCCCUCCACCCGCCUGCUUCUCAGGGGGGGACAACAAAGACCCCAAGAGCUUGAAAAGAAAGAGGGGCCUGGACUACCUGUGUCGCAUCCCCUCUCCCCCUCCACUCUGCCCCUUGGGCACCAUGACAUUACCCUCGCCGUGCGUCAACAAGACCUUCAACACCCCUCGCAGGACUGAGACCCACCGGAUCCUAAAGACACCUCUAGCCCCCGCUCCACAGCAUGUCCACCUGCCCCUAGAGGAUGAGUGGGUGGAGGAUGAAGAGCUGGUCAUGAUUGACACUCAGGCCUUACACGAUGGCAUAGAGAGAGACACGUGACAGAGAAUGUAUUGGACUGUUAUUUUAAAGGUUUCAGGAAACAUCAGCACAAAGCUGGUCAGCUUCUCCGAGCCCACAUGUUGAAUUUGUGUGUUGGGAAUCCACCUGGAAAGAUGUAGUGCCUUUUGUAAGCUACGGGAGGGGGGGAUUUUAGAGGCUAACCAUGACAUGAUUGGUGCCAGGUGAAUGUUAACACUAGCAAAUGUUGGAAAAUUAUCAUAUGGAGUUGUUUGUAACAUCAGGCUGAAUCAAGUUAGGAUUUGGUCCAUCUUGCCUUUUUGGGCCAAGGUAUUGAUGCCAACAAGGAGCCCAACAAAAUGCAUCGGACAGAAAAGGGGUUGUCUUGGAGAACUCCUGAAAUAGUUUAGUGAAAUGGCAUUAGAAGAACCGUCACGAACUGUAUAAUAUAAAUGAAAAAAUACUGUAACAUUUACGUCCUUGUGUUUAUGACCGUUUGUGCUCACAUCUGCAUGUUCACAAUAAAUGUUCUAAUGUAUUGGUAA